AUGCUAAAUCCACUUUCUUCCUAUUGGUAACGUUAUCAUCACAAAACACUCCUCACAGACCCAUAUACACACAAACUCAUAAAUUCUCUCACUAAUAGCAACACAUGGAGCUCUUAUGGGAGCUUGCCCUCACCAUAGCUCUUUCUCUUCUACUUCCAUUGGUUUUCCUUAAGCUCUUGUCCGUGACCCCAAACUUCGAAGCAAAUGAGAAAGUAGCUGUUAUUGGGCGUGAUCGUGAUCGUGAUCGUGAUCGUGGUGUCAAAUCUGAUUCCCAGGGAUGGGAAACAGAGGAAGUUGUUCGAAUUGUGGGGGAAAUUGACGAAUUUAGAGAGAAACCGAUACUGGGAAAAUUAAUGGUCCCAGAAAUCGUGGAUGUGAGUUGUGGAUCGCCCAAGAUACGCAAUUCAGGGAACACUGAUGAGAACAGAGUUUACAAUGAAAUUAAACUCGUGGAUUUCGUGGAGGAUCCUGUUGUGAAAAAUGAGAGUAAUCAAGGUAUUAAUAAAAUUAACGAAUUAGAGGUAGAAAAAGUUGAAGAGAUUGAGAUCUCUCAGUGCGAAAGAAAUUAUAACGAGAUUGAUGAAUUUAGUAGGAGCGAGGAAGUUGGUGAAAACAAGGCAAUGGUGGUGGAUGAAGAUGAUUGGGAGGGUAUAGAAAGUAGCGAGUUGGAGCAGCGUUUUGGUGCUGCAGUGGUAUUUGUCGGUUCUAAAAGCAACGCUAAUCUAGUAGCGAAUCUUUGUAAUGAUGUGAAGAUGAAGCUUCAUGGUUAUCACAGAAUUGCUACCCAUGGUCCAUGCCAGGAACCUCAGCCAAUGGCACUGAACUUCUCUGCUCGAGCUAAGUGGAUUGCAAGGCGACAACUUGGGAUUAUGAGUCCAGAGCUGGCCAUGGAGCAGUAUAUCGCCCUUCUUUCAGAAAACAUUCCCAAUUGGAUGGCAGAUUACCCUUAUGUAAGUAUAUGGUUUUACAAUACUAUUUUGUUCCCCUUUUCUAUAAACAAUAAGAUAUUGCGUAUAUUUGGUUCCUUCUUGGCCAGUUUUAUCCAUUUUCUCAAUCGUCCUAUGUAUACUGGAAGGAAGCCCGUACUUUCCUUAGUUCCCUUAAGCCCCCCAAAUUUGGUGGAUAAAUAAUUUAUUUAUUAGAUCUAUCAGAUAGAGCCUUUAGGCUUUAUAAUUAUGCUAACUAUCUACGGAUCCGACCGUGGUUAAAUUUUCGUGUUUCCCUUUAUUACAGGAUAACGCUAGGGCAGCUUCUGCAAAUUAACUACAUGAUUUUAAGGCGUAGCUACUAUAACAAAAAAAAGAGCUGAACAUUAUAAAGCGUAACCGUGUGCGCUCUGCAUUUUGUUACCUGCACAAUGAUACCUUAUUUGAUAUCACUACAGAUCCCUGAGAUUGAGUAAUUGAAGGUGCAAAUUUCACGCGUGAAAUUAUGAUUAUUGAUUUGUAGUUGUAGACUUGUAGGCCACGUUAUCAAGUAAUUCUGUAUCUUCCCCAGUUAAGGAAUUAGUCGUAUACGAUAAUGCAAUAUAAUGUCUACUCCCAUUAAAUUUCCGCUGGCGUAGGGCAAGAUUUUUGUGUCCUGUACGCAUGUGUGAAGCUGCGUGGGAACGAUUGUUUAUAGAAGGAAAUUAUUU